AAAGCAGCUCUGAGCAGAUACAACCGUUUGCCGGCACUUGCAGUUGAUAUAGUUUUCAGUGUCAGUCUCGGUAAAUACAGCACUGAAGAUAUGGGAAAUGCAAACGGGAGAGAAGACGGAGCCAACGGGGAUCUCUCUGGAAGCUUCAACGGGGACGAGUCGAUCAUCCUUGGAGCCGCCUCUGCAGCAGCCGCCGUUCGCGUGCCGUCAUCUGAUUCAAUGGCUAAUACUCCUCCUCAGAGCCCGCGCCGGUCCCAAUCCCCUCUUUUGUUCGCUCCUCAGGUUCCUAUGGCUCCCUUACCAAGUAUGGAUGGCCAUUCCUUUUUCAGCCAAAUUUGGCGACAUGAUUCUCCUGGUGUUGCUGAUAGUCCAUCUGAGAAAGGUAUCCCUGUAAUCAUUACAUGGAAUUAUGGUGGUAGUAAUGUGGCCGUGGAAGGUUCUUGGGACAAUUGGAAAUUAAGGAAGACACUGCAGAGAUCUGGUAAAGACCACUCAAUUCUUUUGGUCCUUCCAUCUGGCAUAUACCAUUACAAAUUUAUUGUUGAUGGUGAAUGGAGAUAUGCUCCUGAUUUGCCCUUUUCAGCUGAUGAAAUGGGCCACAUUUGUAAUCUUCUUGAUGUUCAUGACUAUGUGCCCGAAAAUCUGGAUAGUGUAACUGAGUUUGAGGCUCCAGGAUCUCCAAAUUCCAGUUAUGGUCAGGCAUUUCCAAAGGAAGAAAAUUUUGCAAAGGAGCCUGCUGUAGUUCCAUCCCAACUACAUCUAACGGUCCUAGGUCCCAAUAACCAAGACAUAGCAUCAUCCUCGAAGCCUCAACAUGUUGUACUUAACCACCUUUUCAUCGAGAAAGGAUGGGCAUCGCAAUCCGUUGUUGCCCUGGGUUUGACCCAUAGGUUUGAGUCCAAAUACGUAACUGUUGUACUCUACAAGCCAUUCAAAAGGUAACAAGUAAUUCUCCCAAGCUUCAAUCUGUAAAGAAACCAAAGUAACUUUAACGUUUGCUUGUGAAGAAAGUGCCUCUGUUCAAUCGAUCUGCUUUGACACUUCAACAUGCCCUUUGUUUUGUUGUACUCUUUUUGAUGCAAAGUAAGUCUCAACCCGAA